AUGCAGGUCAAACACUUCCUCUUUGCUACGUUUUAUCUCCCUCUGGCCUUUGCAGCCCCUUAUGAAACACGCAUCUUCGAGGCUGGAACCACCUUCACUGCUCCCGAAGUAUAUGGGACAUGGGCUCUGGCCCCUUUCGUUGGGACCUCGCCUCCCGACCUCACCUAUAUCAAAACGAGUAACACUGGAACAGGCAGUGUCGAAGUCCACGUAGCCUCUGGCUCUUCAAGCUAUAAAACUCGUAUCCAAGAGGUUGCAACAACUUUUGGAGAAGAGAACUACGGCACGUGGCAACUGGCUGAUUAUGACGGAGACAAUAAACUUGAUCUGAUCUAUAUCAAGACCUCAAACACCAGCACUGGUUAUGUCGAGGUUCAUGUUGCUUCAGGGUCCUCUACAUAUAACACCCGAGUGCUCGAGACUGCUACCACUUUUGUGGAGGAAAACAACGGCCAGUGGCAAAUGAUCGACUUUGAUGGGGACGGAAAACUCGAUCUCGUCUACAUCAAAGACAAGGACGCCGGUACUGGUACCGUCGAAGUACACGUUGCCUCGGGUGCAUCAAACUACCAGACUCGUAUCCAAGAAGUCGGAACUACGUUUGGAGAGGAAUCAAACGGUGUUUGGCAGAUUGUCAACUAUAAAAAUAGCGGAAAGCUAGAUCUGGCAUACAUCAAAACCCAAAAUACUGGGACCGACAAGGUCGAGGUUCAUAUCGCUUCUGGGUCGUCUGUCUACAAGACCCGCGUUCAAGAGGUGCCUACAACGUUUGGUGAAGAGACCGACGGUACUUGGCAGCUUAUUGAUUAUAACGGAGAUGGAAUUCUGGACCUUGUUUUCAUAAAGACCAGCAACACCGGUACAGGGGAUGUUGAAGUGCAUGUCGCAACAGGUGCAUCUUGA